AUACCCUUAAACCCAAAAGUUAUAUUUAAAUAUUGCGUACUAUUAAUAUCACUCGAAAUGAAAAGUAAUGGAGUAUAAACAUAAAUGGGAAGGCGAUUCAGGUAAAUCACAAGAACAUAUCAGAAAUCUGUUUUCUCAAGAUUUAUGUCAUACUACGGCUGUAGCAACGUUGCAGACUUUUAACUAUCCCUUACAAGAAAUAAUGGAUGCUGUGAAAUUAUAUGUCACACGAGAAGGAAACAGGAAUUUUACCGCAGAAGACUUGUUGAUCAUAAUAAGACGAAGUAAUUCUGCAUCAUAUAUUCACGUAGAAACUGAUGGUCCAGAUGCACACCAGUCAUCAGUACCAGACAGAGAUACCGAUAUUAUCAUUGAAGAAAAUAGACAGAUUGAGGAAAGUAAACUAUGCAAAAUAUGUCUGGAAAAUAAGGUGAACGUUGUGUUUUUGCCGUGUGGCCAUAUUUGUGCAUGUUCAGACUGUUCACCAGCCAUUCGGAAGUGCGCUAUCUGUCGAGAAUUUAUUAAAAACGUCAUGAAAGUAGAUGUAAUAUAAGCAUGUUAAGUGUGUUUUGCGGAUUUUUCAUGAAAGUAUGGAUUUCUUCUUCGGGUUGUAUUUGUGUUUUUGUUCUUAGUCGAUUCGACUUCAAAACAAGUGUAUAUUCACAUGAGUUUACCAACACUCUUGUGUACAUGGU